CGGCCGAUUAUGCUCAUUGAACUCGGCUCAACAAAUAGCUAACGCGUGACCGUAUAUGACAGAAUGUAAAAUUUACACAGAGUCAUUGUGAAGAUACUCGGGGAUAAAGCUCAAAUACUCAGAAUAAAAUACCCCGCUUGCAUUUCAAUAUAAUUAAUGUUUAUCAUGUCCACUCUCUGAUAAUCAUGAUAAUACACCCACUUAGCCUAAUGCAUAAAGGUUAAUGUUAUUUUGAUUUUGAGAACAUAUCAGUUUGUUGACCAGUUCUUGUAGUUUGGCGCAGUGCUCUUCUGCCUGGUCCUCCUAUCAGUCAUGGCUGGACUGGUCUGGACUGUACAUACUGACAUGCAUUUACUGUAUUAUUUCUAACAGUGGUUAACAAAACUCAUCUGUAAGUCUCAUCGUACAUCACCAUGGAAACUGGACAAGACACUGAAAUUAUGAAACACAAUCCCGAGCAGUUAUAUGAUCAGAUGGUUUUAUUAUAGCAUCCAUGUGAGGAAAUUAUAAGACACAUACUCAUUCAAAACAAUCUCCAUGUUAUACACAUAUCAGUCUUUCACUUCAAGAAAUCUUCAUUUUGCUCAUUUGUAGUUUUGAUGCAGUUAUUCUGCCUCCGAACCAUACUAUGUUGGACUGCCUCCCUGGUCUUGUGGUAGAGCGUUUGCCCGGAGAGCGGAAGGUCCAGCAUUUGCUCCCCAGCAGUGUCAACAAAAGACAUUAAAAGAUUGUACUUGUUGUUACCCUGCCUGGCUCUCAGCAUUAAGGGGAUACAACAAGGACUGGUUGGCUCGGAGUCAGUAUACUGUUUACAGUGACCCAUGAGGUGAGGCAGCUGAUGAGGUACUCUGCGCCAGCGUUGAUGUAGCCAUGGUAACAAGCUCUGAUGCUUUCCUCCGAGCGCCACGCCCUGUACCUGGUGGUACCCGCCAACAUCCUGUACACUCUCGCGGCGGUCACACACUCCUGGUUUGAGCUGCCUCCUCACAGCUUCUACGGUCUGUGGUGGGUGCAGUUCUGUGACUAUCUGCGCUGUCAGAUUAUACCAGCAUUCUACUCCGAGGAACCAGUGUGGUACCACGUACUGCAGGGCCUCAGUCUGCUGGGAUGGGGAAUGCUGUCUUUGUCCAUGAUGCUGCUACUUUCCACACGACUAGAUAAGUGCCUCCCGGAGCAGUUGGUGAAGAGCAAGCGUCAGCUGACUAUAUCUGGAGUUUGUCUUGUUUCUGUGUUUGCCAUCUCCUCCAGCCUGGUGGUGUUCUAUGCGAAGCUGGACGAGUCGAGUCCGGCCAUGCACCCACAGAUCUCCUGGUCCGCCAUCUUGGCAGGCACUGCCUGUCUGUUUGAACUUCUGGCUGGCAUCAUGUUGAUGCAGGUUCCCACAUUCACGACAUGAUCUGGGCACACACCAUCACACUUGGCAUUUAUUGAGUUUGUGUUGACAUGAGCUUACAUAACCACAGGCGAGAUACUAGUCCACAUUUGAUGAGGAUCGGAAUGAGUGUCAAGGAUGCUGACUAUAUAACAUAGUGUCAGUGAUGUGACGAUGUUUAGAGAUGGUGUCUUAUACAUGUUAUUUAAUUUUGCCAUGGAAUUGAUGCAUUUUUCAGAUGUGUUCCUCACAUUUCAAAAAGUUGUGUUUUGAGGUGUAUAUAUGCGGGUCUGUAAUCAAAUAAUAAACAAGCUCUCAACCCUAACCAAUGAUAUAAUGGAUUGUAUUUCAUUAAUAAAUAUGUUCUUGCCAAAGUCAUAGAGCCAUUCUUGUCAAACACAAAGCAAUCUCAGACUCACUGAAAGUCUUUAUUGUUCAAGAGAAGAGUUUAUCUGUGAGUUAAGUAGAAGUAGAGUCCAGAGAGUACAAUAUGUGGCAUGUCUAGAGAGUACAAUAUAUCACCUUGUUGGUUGUGUUGGUGUUCAGAAAAUACAUUAUAUGACAUGUCCAGAGAGUACAAUUUGUGAAGUGUUCGAAGAAUACCAAAUGUGACAUUGUUUGUUGUGUGGACUCUGAAGCAUCUGUUGUCAGCCAUGUAGCCUGUUGAACAAGUGUCAGUCAUUAAUUUGAUGGAAUGUAGUUAUUCUUUCCAUUCCAACAUAUGUUAGGGGACUUCAGUUACUGGGUCAUUUGAUGACUUGUGGUAGGAUUCUGAGGCAGAAAAGUCUCCGUACCUCAUGCUCAGUAGAACACGCCAAUGAUGAUCCAGUGGUCCCCACUGACUGAUUCUCCUGAUAAUCAUUGUACCCCGAUGGUGUGCUGCUCAUAAUAUCAAUCACUUAUGUGACCUGACUCCGUUAUUUACAGGCUGCUGGGAUUUUUCAGAAAUACUGCUAA